AUGAGCCUAAAGGAUACAAACAAUAUUGCCGAGGUCUCUUGGAAGAACUGCCCAGAUGACAUGAUGCUUGAAGAAAACCUAGUUUCGAGGCUUUUUAGCAGACCCAAGUGCACAGAAGAUUUUGCAGAAACUAACGAGGGCACAUCAAAUAUUUCGGGGCUUCGAGACAGCUUGGACCAAGUCCAAAUGAGCAACUGUAGCGAAUAUCCCCACUCGAGCAAUGACAGCUCAACAAGUCAGAGUUCCUGGCAGGACCACUUUGUCAGUCUAAAGCAGCAGAUGGCCAGGCAGAAGGCAGAGUACGAGACUAAGAUUUCAAGCCUGGAGCAACGGAACAAAGAAUUGCAGUUAGAGAUUAAAGAUCUGCAUUUGAAACUGGGUCAGCAACGGAAGUGGCAUUGCUUGGUGGAAAUUAAAAUGCGCAACACAGAGAGGGCACACAAAGAUGCGGAGAGAAGGAAUGAAGCACUUCAGAGGGAAAUGGAAGAGUUUUUUGAUACUUUUGGAGAAUUAACACAUGAAGGAAAGAUAACAGAGCAAAUUGGCCAGAGCUUAUAG